AUGAAGCUCGCCUUAGUGUUGUGUGCCAUAAGCGUGGGCAGUGUGAUGGCCAUGGGCCGGCCCGAGUCGCGCAUUGCCGGGGGAACUGAUGCGGAUCCACAGGCAAUCCCGUACAUCGCAGGGAUUCUAAUUUCUGGCUCUAACCGCCAUGCAUUCUGUGCCGGUAUUCUAAUUUCCGAAACACACGUUCUUACGACGGCCAGCUGUGUCUCGAACCAACCGACGAUGACUAUACUUCUUGGUGCCAGCGAUAUGACCCGCAUACAACAGUUCAUCGGUGUGGCCAACACGCUCAUCCAUCCUAACUACAGCUCAUUACUGAACAGGGACGACAUAGCCAUUCUGACCAUGGAUCGUCCUACACCGCUGAACGAGUACAUUCAGAUUGCGAAUCUGCCGCGCUGGGCUCACGUUGGUAACUCUUUCAACGGUUUCGGUACCACCGUCAGCGGUUGGGGCAACACCGGAAACCGGGACAACGAACCCGUACCGAUUCAGAACCUACUUUCGAUCCGGACCCCGGUUGUUAGUAACACGGUGUGCGGGCUGUCACACAACUUCAUACGCGACGAUCACAUCUGCACCUCCGGGGACAACGGCGGACCAUGCGAUGGAGACGAUGGCGGACCUGUAACGAUCACGGAAGCGGGCGAAACUUUCGUCAUUGGCAUGCACUCGUUCCACUACUCGGGACUCUUUGGCUGCGAUCGUGGCCGGUCGGCUGUUCAUGUGCGACUCACGAGCUACCUAAGCUGGAUCGGAGCCAACUCGGACGCCAUCAUUGGACUUGGCAACUCGUUCACCGUUCUGUUAGGUGCUACCGAUAUGACGCGUAUAGAGCAGAUCAUUCCCGUGCUCAACAUUCCGUCCCACAUUAUCGUACAUCCGGGAUACAGCUCCUUGCUAAAUCGUGAUGACAUCGCCAUACUGCAGCUAUCCCACGAAGCAAACCUAACGCCCACCGUGCAGGUGGCUAAUCUACCGCGCCGCUACCACACGGUUUUCACGUUCAACGAUUGGCCGGCCACGGUGGCCGGCUGGGGUAAUACUGGCAAUCGCGACAACGAACCCAUUCCACUGCAACAGCUGCAGUUUGCGAUCGGCCCAGUAGUGUCCAACUUUGUAUGCGGCAUCUCGCACAGUUUCAUUCGCGACAACAAUAUCUGCAGCUCCACGGACAAUGGUGGACCGUGUAAUGGCGACGAGGGCGGACCAGUUUUCGUGACGGAGGGUGGCGAAACGUUCGUGGUCGGUGUACACUCCUUCCACUACGAUGGACUUUUUGGAUGCGAUCGAGGCCGAUCGUCGGUACACACUCGCGUGACGGAGUACCUGGACUGGAUCGCAGAAAAUUCGGAUGUUGUUAUAAGGGCCUCUUUCUUCAAUCGGGACGAUAUUGCCAUCCUGACGAUCGCCCAUGAGGCACCGCUCCGGGACACCAUUCGCCCAGUUGAACUGCCACGAUGGAGUGACGUUGGGAACUCUUUCAACAACUGGGCUGCAACGACCGCCGGCUGGGGCAACUUGGGACGUCGCGAAAAUGAGCCCAUUCCAAUUCAGAAUCUACACUUUGCCAUCGACUCGGUAUCGACCAAUUUGAGAUGCGGUCUGUCGCAUACCUUUAUCCGCGAUACGCAUAUCUGCACCUUCACGGACAAUGGAGGAGCGUGUAAUGGUGACGAAGGUGGUCCAGUUACCGUGACCGAGAGUGGGCUUGCGCACGCAGCAAUUACGCGCCUCGAAGACAUCAACUGGGCUGAAGUUCGACCGGUACAGGAGAGUCCUCACUUCAAGGCUAGCCGAGCAGCGAGCAGUGUCGGGCGCUUUCUGGCCAAACUUGAUGAACUCGAAGGUCCUGCGACACCGUCACGUAGCGCGCGCAUCAACAAUGGAGUCGUCGCAGGACCGACAGAUGUUCCGUACAUUGUGGGAGUUCUUGUCUCCGUCGAACGGGGAACAUACUUCUGUGGCGGUGUUCUCGUGUCGGAAAUGCAUAUCCUAACUUCCGGGACAUGCGUCGAGGGACAGUCGUCCAUCACCGUGCUGCUCGGAGCGAGUGAGAUUGCUCGCGCUCAGGACUUCAUCGUUGUCAGCCACGUCCGAGUGCAUCCCGAUUUUAGUUCGUUCUUCCAAUCGAACGAUCUCGCCAUCUUGACCCUUUCGCGGGCACCACGGUUCAGUGGUGAUUCGUUUUCCAACGCCUGGACCACCAUCAGCGGCUGGGGCGAGACGGCAUCCAACACCGGUGAAGCGCUACCAAUGCAGCAACUUCGUUCCGUUCGCUCGCAAGUCAUAACGAACUUCAGCUGUACGAUCAGCUUCCCACUGUACUUGCGUUCAACCAAUGUCUGCACCUCAUCUGACGGCGGUGCCCCUUGCGUGGGUGAUGAGGGCGGUCCGGUGACGAUCAUUGAAGCGGAUGGACAGUCGACUAGGAUGUCCACGUGCUUCGUUUUACUGCUGCUGGUAGCUGCUGUUGCAGCCACCGGGGAAAUUCGCACCGCCCAGGACGUGGACUGGUCCCGUGUUCGACGGUUUUACGAUCCGCAUGCGGAUGCACCAGAGCGGCGCAUCAACAAUGGUGCCAUUGCUAGCCCAACCGAUGUUCCGUGGGCCGUCGGACUGCUGAUAUCGUUGUCGUCUGGUACGAACUUCUGUGGAGGUGCCCUCAUUUCACCAACGCACGUGCUGACAGCGGCUUCCUGCGUCAACGGACAGACAUCCAUCACGGCCAUGCUGGGAGCGAGUACUAUGGCUACGGCAUCCGACUUUGUUCCAAUCUCGCACGUCCGCGUACAUCCGGACUACAGUUCCUUCCUGGAUCGUGACGAUAUCGCCAUUCUAACCCUUGCCCGUGAGCCUCGCUGGAGUGAUCAUAUCCAAAUUAUCAACGUGCCGCGGCGUAUGUAUAUCGGACACUCGUUCAACAACUACGUCACUACCAUCUCCGGCUGGGGUGAAACCGGGACCAACACGGGCGAACCGCUUCCGAUGCCCAAUCUACGCUUCAUUCGCAGCCCCGUUAUCACCAAUUUUAGCUGUGGCUUGAGCUUCCUGUUGACCAAUAUUCGGGACACGCACAUCUGCACGAGCACUGACUCGGGGGCGCCGUGCGUUGGCGAUCAGGGUGCUCCGGUGACUGUGACCGAGAAUGGAGACACCUUCCUCAUCGGUAUCCACGUGUUUACUGCAUCGCGCUGCGAGCGUGGCCGUCCUGCCGUGCAUGUCCGUCUUACCGAGUACAUGAAUUGGAUUGAAUUGAACACCGACGCCAUCAUUCGUCAGUAG